AAUAAAAUAAAAUUGAGUUCAAAAAUGAAAACAAAUGCAAAUAAAAUAUAAACAAAGUGUUCUCAAACAAUUUCAAAACACAAAAGCCAAAAGUGACAUCAAUUUUAAAAAAGCUAUUAAGCAAACAUUUUCUAAAAAAAUGAAACAAAUUUUUAUUUUUAAACCAAGUGCUCGUUAAACCAAAAUUACCACAAGUGCAUUAAAUCAAAUGCCGUCGAAUGGAGAAAAAAAGAAAACAAAUUUGUAUGAGAAAAAAUAAAAACGAGUUUCAUAGAGGAGGAAAAAAAAAUAUUUCAAAAUAUUAUACAAUAUUGAAAACAAAACAAAAUUUAAAUAAUGUUACAGUACAAAAAUUUUAAAGUUUUUUCAAAUUUGUAAAUAAUAAAAGAUAUAUAAACCCCGUUUAUAGGUUGACGUAGUUUGAAAAAAAAAAACAGAAAAAAAUAAAAAAUUGUGUUUAAAUUAAAAAAAAAACAAAUGGAACAAAAAAUCCUAUAAAAAUAUUAAAAAUAAAAUGUAUAACAACCAUCGCAUAUGUAAAACGUAAAAAAUCUUCUAAAGUCCCACAUCAAAUAGAAUUUAAGUUCCGUGUAAAGUUUGCGCCAUAACAAAAAAAGAAGCGAAUAUCUCCAUGGAUAAAUAAACAAGUAGCCAUUUUGACACUGUCACACUGCCGCUAUCAACAAAUCUACCUCAAAGCAUAGAAAUCUAUGCGAAAAUUGCAUUAUAAAAAAAGAUAACAAAACACACACUAACACAGCCAAACGAAAAAUCUCCAAUACCAUGGACAUGACUGUAUGAAAGCACAUCGAAUUUUAGGGCAAAUUAUCGCCAUACAAACAUAGCCAAACACACGCACACAUCUGCAUGGUGUUGUGUUUCCAGGCAUAAAACAACACUUUUUUUAAUUUAAUUCUAAAAUUGUAACGGACCCCCAUUCAAAAUGAAUUCAGAAGAUUUUAAUGAUGUUGUUGUUGGCAAUGCAACAACAAAAAACCACGACAGUAAUAGCAGUAAUCUCAAAACGAUGUAUCCCAUACUACUGACAAAUGGCCAUCAUGAUAAUCACAACUCUACACCAAAUGCUGAGGACAAACCCCAUGUCCAGGUUAAUGGCCAGAGACGUGAUUCAAAUCAGGCAUGGACGCCUCUGCUGCAAAAUGGCAACGGCAAAAAUAAUGCCACCAACAGCGAUGAUAACCUAUCCCUAGAGGGCUUGGCCUCUGCAGAUCAUCAAAAUGGCAUUAUCUAUGCCGGGACAGGUAGCAAUAACAAUGAGGAGUUGAAGAACUUGAGGAAUGAGAUAAUGCAUCAUUCGCCGCUGCAGUCCAACAAUAAUGGCUCGCUGGCGAAUGGCAAAAAUGGUCUGGGGCACAGUGAUAAAUACGAUGAGCACGAUCCCCUGACGGGCCUGUACAAACAGAAACAUGAUGUGGAAGAGUCAGGUCUAGAUUCCGGACGCCAUGGCAAUGAUGUGGCCAAAAGUCAAGGAUGUGGUUUAUUUGGCUGCAGACCAAAGUGGGCGCGUCACUUGGCCUCUACGCAUGUAUUUAUGUUGGUCUUUUUGGUGGCCUAUGUGCUGCAGGGCAUGUACAUGACCUAUUUUGUAUCGGUCAUCACCACCAUUGAGAAGUUGUUUCAAAUCAAGUCCAAGACCACGGGCUUUCUGUUGAGUGCCAGUGAAAUGGGUCAAAUAAGUACGGCCAUGUUGCUAACCUACUUUGCUGGGCGGGGCCAUCGUCCACGAUGGAUUGCCUGUGGCAUGGUGCUUUUCUCCAUAGCCGCCUUUGCUUGUGCUCUGCCCCAUUUUAUAUUCGGCAAGGAUUUGCUGCAGACAACCGCUAUUUUGGCUAAUAAAAAUGUGCCAACAACAACUCUAAAGGAGGGCCUUAUGCUGGGCGAAGCUGGUUAUCCCCUCAAUGAGUCUAGUCUUGCUAUGCUAACGCAUCGUUCCGAUUUGAAUCUGUGUGUCUUGGGUAACAAUACUCAAAAUUCUACCAUGGAAUGUGAUGAGGAUCGCAAAAUGGAACAGGCCUCUCACUCCAAAAUCACCGUUAUUGUGCUGUGCAUUUUCUUUGCCAGUCUACUGAGUUCUGGCAUAGGCCAGACUGCGGUAUCCACCCUGGGCAUACCCUACAUAGAUGACAAUGUGGCCAGCAAACAGUCACCCAUGUAUAUGGCCAUAACCAUUGGUGUACGCAUUUUAGGUCCUGCCUCUGGAUUUAUUGUAGGCUCAUUUUGUACUCGCUGGUAUGUCAAUUUCUCUAAUCCUGGAUUUGAUGCCAGUGAUCCACGUUGGAUUGGAGCCUGGUGGUUAGGACCUGUCAUAAUAGGUUCCCUUAUGCUGUUGUCGUCAAUUGCCAUGUUUUCAUUUCCGCGGGAGUUGAAGGGAAAAAAACCACCUCCAUCUGCUGCAAACGAUGGAGAAAAGGUGGCUGGAGCCUCAGCCGAACCUGAAGAGAAACCUAGGCUUAAAGAUUUCCCCAAGACCGUUAAACGACAACUGAGCAAUGACAUUUUAAUGUUCCGCACAGCAUCGUGCGUCUUUCAUUUGUUGCCCAUUGCUGGCUUGUACACAUUCUUGCCCAAAUAUUUGGAGACACAAUUUCGCUUGGCACCAUAUGAUGCCAAUAUGAUUGCAGCCUUCUGUGGCAUUUUGGUCAUGGGCAUUGGCAUUGUUAUAUCGGGUUUGGUUAUCUUGAAACUCAAGCCCACAGCAAGGGCUGUAGCUGCAUGGAUAGCUUUAACGGCUUUGGUAUAUUCAGCCGGCAUGGUCAUUCUAAUGUUCAUUGGUUGUAAUAUGAAUGAUUUUGCGGGAUAUAAGUCGACAUCUAGUCUGGCACCUGCCUCCAUUGAGCCCGCCUGCGAUUCGGUGCAACUCUGCUCUUGUGACAAGGAACAAUUUGCUCCCAUAUGCGGCAUUGAUGGCAAGAUUUAUAUCUCAGCUUGUCAUGCUGGCUGCUCAACCGCUGGCAAAUAUGGCAGUGAUAAUCAUACGGUAUAUUCAAAUUGUUCCUGCAUUCCAGAUGAAUUCCAGUCAUUUGGCAACACAGCCUAUGAGGCUUCCAGUGGUUAUUGUGAUAGCAAUUGCAAAAAUUUUAUUAUUUUCAUUAUUAUUUUUGCUCUUUGCGUUUUCAUGCACUCCACAUGCGAGGUGGGCAGUAUGCUGCUGGUAAUGCGUUGCACGCAUCCUAAAGAUAAAGCCAUGGCCAUGGGUGUUAUACAAUCGGCCAUUGGUCUGUUCGGUAAUGUUCCUUGCCCCAUUAUCUAUGGAGCCGUUGUGGACUCUGCAUGUCUCAUAUGGAAAUCUGUAUGCGGUAAACAUGGAGCCUGCUCACUUUAUGAUGCCGAUACCUUUAGGCAUUACUUUUUAGGCAUUACAGCGGGCAUUAUGUUUUUGGCCUUCAUUAUGGAUCUGGUGGUUUGGAGCAAAGCCCAUCGCAUUGAUAUUGCGCCUGAAGAGAACAAAAAAGACGAUGAUGCGAAAUCCUCUGAGACUGACUACAAAAAGGCCGCCGCAGUAUCGCCAGAUACUCGAGUUUAAAUCAAAACCCCACGCAUUUUGUUAUAAACUCACUCACACACACACACACAACCAUACAUGAAUACACGCCCCCAUGCAAACUCACACUCAAUACACAUACUCCGAUAUUAAUUAUGAUUUAUUUUUGUUGUUUUACACAUCAGGCAGGGAUUCUGUAUGUGCACUUUCUGUACACACACAAACACAUCCCCACACAAAUAUUUAUGUCAAUAUGUACUAGUGAAUCCCUUGUUUUAGCAUUUAAUUUUUUAAUUAGGAAUACUUGGGGAGUAAUCCCCAUGCAACAUAAACUAUGCAACUUUUCUUUCAAACUCUUUUUUUUUGUUUAGUGUAUUUUUUGUGUAAAGUAUGUUAGUUGUUAAGAGACCGGCAUAUGAAAGGAAGAAUGUCCCUUAAGCCUAAACCUAAAUGUACAGUUCACCUUUUUUUUCUUUUUUUAUUGUUGUUCUUUUGCAACUUAUCGCCGAUUUCGAAAGAAAAAAGUUUAUUGGUUCUGUCGGUUUGCAAUAGAAAAUGUCUUUCUACAAAAUUUUGUUAACACCUCCUCAAGGCCAAAAGAGAUCUCAAAUUGAAAUUCAAAAUUACAGUAGAAAAUAUUUGUAUUCGAAAUUCAUAGAUAACUUGAAUGCAUAUAGAAUUCAAAUUAAUUGACAAUUUUAUAAAAUUUUAAUUCAAAUUGAAUUUAAAUUUUAUUUUAAACUGAGUUCUAAUUCAUUUCAAAUUAUGCAAUGCAAUUUAAACUGUUUUUAUACCCAUCACCGUAGGAACACAACAUCAAAAUAUCAGUUUCCGACCCCACAAAGUAUAUAUAUUUCGGAUCGUCGUCAAAUUCUAAGACGAUUUAAAGAUGUCCGUACGUCUGUCCAUCUAUCCCUCUGUACGUUCGUCUGUUGUAAUCACUCCACAGCCUUCAAAAAUUGAGAUAUUGAGCUGAAAUUUUGGCACAGAUACGUCUUUUUGAUGCACGCUGGUGAAGUUCUUGAACGGGCCAAAUUGGACCAUAUUUGGAUAUAGCUGCUAUAUAGACCGAUUUUCCGAUAAAGGGUCUAAUGCCCAUAAAUGCUUUGUUUUUCAUCCGACUUCGCUGAAAUUCGAAAAAGUGAGUAGCUUUAGGACUUGCGAUAUCUGACCCAUAUAUGGUCCAUAUCGGACUACAUUUAUUCAGCUGCUAUACAUACCGAUCUGCCAAUAAAGGGUCUGAAGCCCAUAAAAGCUUUAUUUUUUAUAAAAAAUUAUUCUUAUUAUUCUUAUAAAAGCUUUAUGUAUUACCCGAUUUCGCUGAAAUUUGAAACAGAAGGUUAUCGUAAGCCUCCUGAUGUCUGACCAAAAUAUGGAUCAAAACAGACCAUAUAAGGAUAUAGCUGCCAUACAGACCGAUCUCCAGAUAAAGGGUCUAAAGCCCAUAAAAGCUUUAUUUUUUUGCCGAUUUCGCUGAAAUUUGAAACAUUGAGUAGUUUUACGCCUCCUAACAUAGGACCUAAGUAUGGUUCAGAUCGGACUAUAUUUAGAUAUAUCUGCAAUAUAGACCGAUCUGCCGAUUAAGGGUCUGAAGCCCAUAAAAGCUUUAUUUUUUAACCGAUUUCGCUGAAAUAAUAAACAGUUGGUAGUUUUACGCCUUCUAACAUAGGACCUUAAUAUGGUACAGAUCGGACUAUAUUUAGAUAUAUCUGCAAUAUAGACCGAUCUGCCGAUUAAGGGUCUGAAGCCCAUAAAAGCUUUAUUUUUUAUCCGAUUUCGCUGAAAUGUUAAACAGUGGGUAGUUUUACGCCUUCUAACAUAGGACCUUAAUAUGGUACAGAUCGGACUAUAUUUAGAUAUAGCUGUCAUAUAGGCCGAUCUGCCGAUAAAGGGUCUGAAGCCCCUAAAAGCUCUAUUUAUUACCCGAUUUCGCUGAAAUUUGAAUCAGUGGGUAGUUUUAGGUCUCCCGACACCCGUUCCAAAUAUGGUUCGGAUCGGACUAUAUUUGGGUAUAGCUGCCUUAUAGACCGAUCUCCAGAUAAAGGGUCUAAAGCCCAUAAAAGCUUUAUUUGUUAACCGAUUUCGCUGAAAUUUGAGACAUUGAGUAGUUUUACGCCAUCCGCUAUCCGAACCAAAUAUGGUGAAGAUCAGACGGUUUUUAGAUAUAGCUGUCAUAUAGACUGAUAUGCCGGGUUAAGGGUCUGAAGCUCAUAAAAGCUUUAUUUAUUACCCGAUUUUGUUGAAAUUUGAAAUACAAAAUUCAACAGUGACUUGUAUUUAUUAGCCCACUCAAUAUCCGUGUCGAAUUUGGGUGCAUAAGUUAUGCAAUUUUUACCGGAUUGUGCCGAAAGGGGGUUUUCAUAUAUACCCGAGGUGGUGGGUAUCCAAAGUACGGCCCGGCCGAACUUAAUGUCUUUUUACUUGUUUUUUUUUUUUAAACAUUCGAAUGCAAUUUCAAAUCAAAUUCUUCGAAUUGAAACAGAAUCUCAUAAGAAAAAUUUUAAAAUUUCUACUAAAAAUAUUAAAAAUGUGUAUGGACUAUUUUUGCAAGUCCAUUUAGAAUAUUGAUACACGUGUUUUGGUUUUAUUAACACAGACUAUCCAAAGUUAUAAUAUGUGGAUUAAAAAAAAAUAUUAAUUUUCCAGCAGUAGUCAUUCCCAGACUAGCACUGGCGACAUAUACUGGCACAUAUACAAUUUUUAUAGCUUCACUACAAAAAAUUGUUGUACACCUUGUCGUCAUCAUGGUCGAGACUCACUACUAUUCUAGAAAAAUUCAUUACAUUUUCUUGUUUAAACAAAAAAAAAAGAGACAUCUUAAACAGUGUAAGGGAGCCACAGAACCACAAUUACAAACCCAUUGCUUUGUAUAACUUGCUCAAUCGAAAUAACCGAUGUUAACAUUCCCCAGGACCCAGCUUACCAAGACCCUAACAAAUCAGCUCUUGAAAUGACUGUGGGGAAAACGAUUUUUCACCACGAUCAAACCUGAAUACAAGGACUCAAGGUGGAAAUGGUAGAAAAAAUUCCCUUAACAUUUUUUUUAAAUUUGUUUUUACUUUAUAGAUUUUAUACAUUUUUAUAACUCCUUAUAUAUAAAAAAACUUCUUACAUUUAUAUUACAUUAUUAUAAGGAACAUUUUGUUAAGAUUAUGUGCGUACAUGUCUUUAAAUUUAAUUUUUAAAACUUUGAAAUGUGUUUUAAUGCUUAGUCGUCGACGUGCAUAUGUAAACUAUGUGCAAUUUAAUUUAUAUCUCCUUAGCGUAAUAAUAGAAAUAAUAAAGGAACAAAAUAAGAACUAUAAGAAAAUUAUACAAAUACAAUAUAUAAACGUUGUUUAUAAGAACACUCAAAGCUAGAAAUGUGUGCAACAGUAAAAUCAAGGCAUAUUUGUAAGGUAGUCGCAUCGGCGAAUUGCUACAACAAACCAUCUUUUUUGAUACGUCAAAAUUUGUAAACAGGGCGAAGAAAAUCAAAUCGAAUUUGCUUCGAUCAAUCAGGGCAAUAGGAAAGAAGAAAGAAAGAACCGAUUUUGGUGAAAUCUUGCCAGUAUGUUAUGAUCAGUAACAAAACAAUUCAUGCCAAAUAGGGCGAUACAUAUAUAUGGGAGCUACAUCUUUAUCUAAAUCUGAACCGAUUUUGAUGAAAUCUUGUAGGUAUAUUAAGAUCAGCAACAAAACUGUCCGUGCCAAAUUUUGUGCGGAUCGGUUAAAAAUUGUAGCUACUACGGCCAUUUAAAUGCAAAUCGGGCGAUACAUCUAUAUGGGAGCUAUAUCUUAAUCUGAACCUAUUUUGGUGAAAUUGAGCAGAUAUGUUAAGAUCAGUAACAAAACAAUCCGUGCCAAAUUUUGUGCAUAUCGGUUGAAAAUUGUACCUACUACGGCCUUUUUAGUGCAAAUCGGGUGAUACAUAUAUAUGGGAGCUAUAUCUAAAUCUGAACCGAUUUUGAUAAAAUUUUGCAAAUAUUUUAAAAUCAACAAGAAAACAGUUCAUGCCAAAUUUUGUGCAGAUCGGUUGAAAAUUUUAGCUACUACGGCCAUUUAAGUGCAAAUCGGGUGUUACAUAUAUAGGGGAGCUAUAUCAAAUCUGAACCGAUUUUUACCAAAACCAAUGGCGUUUGUCCUUGGGCCAAAAAAGUGAUAUAUGCAAAAUUUCAUGAUGAUUGGAUAACAAAUACGACCUGCACUUUGAUAACAACAAUACAUGGACUCACAGACGGAUGGACGGACAGACGGAAAUGGCUUAACCGAAUCAUAAAGUGAUUCUGAGUCGAUCGGUAUAUUUAUCAUUGGGUCUAGCUCUUCGCCUUCUUAGCGUUGCAAACAAAUACACAAAUUUAUAAUACCCUGUACCACAGUGGUGGUGUAGGGUAUAAAAAUGUUCAAAACUCCAGUUAGCUCCAGAGGCUUUACCAACAAAAGUGGCUGGAACAUUGAAAUCCGAUCUGCGUGGUGUUUAUUGCUGUCGCAAAAAGAUUAGCUGCGAGCUACCAUCUAUACUGCAGUAUAGACUGCAACGGCAGUUGCGGACAAUCAGCGGUAUCGAGAGGAGAAUCUCAAUGAGAGGCUGAGCAGCACCGGCUCUUGUACAAAUACUGGGUGCCUAUAAUUUUCGAUAUGAUAAAGCUAAAUUUAUAAAUUGAUGUUUGUCGCUGUCUUGUAUUCUAGAGAACUAUUUUUCAGUGGCGACAUUAAUGUCUUGGCGGCAACCCAUGGCGAAACAAGUACGGAUGGUCUCAUUUCAACAACAACCACAAAUCAUAAGGUGCAAUCUGCCAUCUUAUCAUCAAGCUGAUCGACGUUUUCCCAACACACACAAAGAAAUUUGUCUACGUGUGUGUAUACGUGUGCGUACAUGAGCAGAGAAUAUGCGAAAAAGAAGAUAACAACAAAGAGAAUGCUAAGAAAAAUCUAACAUCUUAAUGCCGUCAAACUUUUGCCGGCGGUUAACAGCAGUUCGCGUGAGACCAUUUUAUUAAAUCCGCUAUGGCUGCAACCGAAAGUUUCGCCACAGGUGCAUACCCAGCUUAAAAGUGAAUCAACCAUGGUAUAUUCAUUUACCGGUAGGGGCAGUUGCCAAACAACAAAAAAUUGAGAGCACUAUCUGUCAAAAUCAGUGAUAAGUGCAACUCGGAUUUUAAGUAUGUUACUAGUAGGCACCAUUUUUCGUUGUUUGGGUGUGUUAUGGUUCUUAAUAAUAAUGCACACACACAACCAAAACUCGUUGACAGAUAGUGCGCUUCGAGGGAAAAAAUUGUACUCAGCUAUUUGCUGUACACUACCCGGGUUAAUUUGUGUUGGAAUCAUGGCAUAAUUCCCAAGGAGUGUAUCGUAAACAGCCGACUACAAUUUUUUCUCUCGAAGUGCACUAUGUGUCAACCAAGAUAUAUUCAUUUACAGGUAGUGGCAGUUGCCCAACAACAAAAUAGUGAGUACAUAAUCUGUCAAAAUCAGUGAUUAGUGCAACUCUGAUUUUGAGUAUGUUACUAGUUCUCGCCAUUUUUCGUUGUUUUUGUGUGCUAUAGUUCUUAACUAUAAUACACACACAACCAAAACUUUUGAUAUAGCCCCCAUAUAGACCGAUUCGCCGAAUUAGGAUCUUAGGCCCACAAAAGCCACAUUUAUUAUCCGAUUUUACUGAAAUUUGGGUCAGUAAGUUAUGUUAAGCCCUCCGACAUCCUUCGUCAAUUUGGCCCAGAUCGGUCCAGGUUUGGAUAUAGCUGCCAUAUAGACCGAUCCGCAGAUUAAGGAUCUUAGGCCCAUAAAAGCCACAAUUAUUAUCCGAUGUCGCCAAAAUUUGAGACAGUGAGUUGUGUUAGGCUCUUCGACAUUCUUCUUCAAUUUGGCUCAGAUCGAUCCAGGUUUGGAUAUAGCUGUCAUGUAGACCGAUAAGCCGUUUUAGGGUUAGGCCCAUAAAAGCCUCAUUUAUUAUCCGAUUUUGCUGAAAUUUGGGAAUGUGAGUUAUGUUAGGCCCUUCGAUAUACUUCGUCAAUUUGGCCCUGAUCGGUUCAGAUUAGAAUAUAGCUGCCAUAUAGACCGAUCCGCCGUUUUAGGGUCUUAAGCCCAUAAAAGCCACAUUUAUUAUCUGAUUUUGCUGAACUUUAGGACUGUGAGUUAUGUUAGGCCCCUCGACAUCCCUCUUCAAUUUGGCCCUGAUCGGUCCAGAUUUGGAUAUGGCUGCCAUAUAGACCGGUCCUUCGAUUAAGGAUCUUAGGCCCAUAAAAGCCACAUUUAUUAUCCGAUGUCGCGGAAAUUUUGAACAGUGAUUUGUUUUAGGCCCUUCGACAUUCUUCUUCAAUUUGGCCCAAAUCGUCCAGAAUUUGAUAUAGCUGCCAUAUAGACCGAUCUCUUGAUUUGAAGUCUUGGCCCCAUAAAAGGCGCAUUUAUAAUCCGAUUUCACUGAAAUUUUUCAGGUCGGUCCAGAUUUGGAGAUAGCUGUUAUACAGACCGAUCUCUCGAUUUUAAGUUUUGGUCCCCUAAAAGGCGCAUUUAUUGUCCGAUUUCGCCGAAAUUUGCGACAGCGAGUUGUGUUAGGCUCUUCGACAUUUUUCUGCAACUUGGCCCAAAUCGGUUCAGAAUUUCAUAUAGCUGCCAUAGAGACCAUAUCUUGAUUUAAAGUCUUAGCCCCAUAAAAGGCGCAUUUAUAAUCCGAUUUCACUGAAAUUUGACACAAUGACUUAUGUUAGGCUUUUCGACACCCGUGUCGUAUAUGGUUCAGAUCGGUUUAUUUUUAGAUAUAGCUACUAAAAAGACCAAUAUUUUGUUAUACACAAUUGAACAAUGAAUUGUUCGUAUUAGUAUUUGGUCCAAAUCGGAACAUAUUUCGAUAUAGCUGCUAUGGGGCAUAAGGUAUGCAUUUUUCUACGAUAUUUGACGAAAGGUGUUUUACAUAUAUACCCGAGAUGGUGGGUAUCCAAAGUUCGGUCCGGCCUAACUUAACGCCUUUUUACUUGUUUUUUAUAUCGCCCAAUAGAACGCGGCACAUUUCCCAAUCAAUUAGUAGACAAUUUUCGUCCUAAUGCCAGGCUCAAAGCAUCUCAUUCACAAACAAACAAAAAAAAUCAAAUUUCUAUGUUGCUGCUUACACAGAUUUUCUUUUGAGUGUAUCUAACAAAGAUUUUGUGUGAUCGUUGUAACAGAACAAGUAAAUCGAAAAACAUAACUAAUCAAAAUGUAUGCAAAAAAAAAACACAAUUCCUUUAAGUACUAAGUAAAUGCAAACACAAACCCACAUUCAUAUGCAUACAUACAUACAUACAUAUAUUAACAAACACGAUACUGCUGUUCAAUAGUUUUAAGAAAAAUAUAUUUGGAAAACAUAUUUAAUGUGAACAAACAGAUGGCAAAAACAAACAAGAAGAAAUGCCUAACAAUAAGCAACAAAAACAAACAUAAAAAUCUCAGUUUAAUGAAAUUAUAUACAAAAAGAAAUAUACAUAUUACUACUACAUACAUAUAUAGGUUAAAUCAUGACCGACUGAAGUGAAGAUGUGUCAAGCAACCGUUAGGGUUUUGGGUGUUGCAAACUUCAUAUGCAGAUGGCAGUGACAUCAGCCAGCCCUGCGCCAACAAGGACCCAAUCGACUAUCACAUAACAGAACGGCUAUACUUUAUUUAAUUGAUGAGUGUUUAAUCACCCCAUCACUAAACGAUGAUAAUGACUAUGUUACACACACUGUAUGUUAUUCAUUCUAUGUUAAAAAAAAAAAAAAAAACAAAAAAAGGAAAUUGCAACCUAUCUGUGGUAGUUAUUAUUUAGUUACAAUUUAAAUACACAUUUAAGUUAUUAAUAUAUACACCUUUUUUGUAUUUGUUUUAAGACAAAAAUCAAAUAAAAUAAAAUGAAGUGAAAACCCAAACGAAAUUCCAUAUUAGUCAAAUAGAAUACUAAAAAAAACAACUGUUACAAACAAUUCAACUGUCCAGACAUGAAUGAUGCAUUUCUAUAGCCAACAUUUUAUUGGCACACACCAUAGGCACAAACACGCCACCUACAUACAGAUCAAGGUUAACAAACUAAAUGUAUGGUGAUGAUGAUGAUGAUGAUAAAACCCUAUAACGAACUAUCGGUUUAAACUAAGAGCGAAACAAACAAUUAUAGAUGAAACACUGUUAAAAAAUUUCUUUUUUAACAAUGUCAUGUGAUUGAUGUGUUUUUCUCUUCGUUUUGUUAUAACAAACGAAAGAAACAUUAAAUGUAAAAUGUCAUUUGAAAAUGUAAAUAGUUUUAAGUGUUCUUUGUUAACUGAAAACAAAACACGCCAAUUACCUCUGCAAAAUGAAAA